CUCCCUGUCACUGAAAGCAGCUGCUGAUCAAUGUUUCUACCAGGACUGUGCUGAUAGUUAACUUUGAGAGCCUGGAAUUAAAAACAACGAAAGCCUUUCCCUCAAGAGUUUAUUUCCACACUUAGUAUAAUUUUUUUCUCUGCAGUUUUAUGGCAUAAUAUCCUUUUGGAGGGGGUAGGAAUUGGAUCACCCUCACCAAUAUGACAGCAAGAGAGCCUACUUCGAAUGAGCUGACUGCUCCGGAGCCAGAGUCCUGCAUUCGGACUUUCAAAGAACACAUGCAUUUAGAACUGGAGCCCCCCAGACUGUCGGGGAAGAGGAGCACCUCUCCGAAAAUCUCUCCCCGCAGCUCUCCCAGAAACUCGCCUUGUCUGUUCAGAAGGUUGCUGGUUAACAAAAGCAUCCGUCAGCGGCGGCGUUUCACUGUAGCACAUACAUGCUUUGAUGUUGAGAAUGGCCAUGGCCCUUCACCCAGUCGCAGUCCUCUGGACCCACAGGCCAGCCCAGGCUCAGGGCUCGUCCUGCAUACCAACUUUCCUGGGCACAGCCAGCGCAGGGAGUCCUUUCUGUACCGCUCAGACAGCGACUAUGACUUAUCCCCCAAGUCCAUGUCGAGGAAUUCCUCAAUUCCAAGUGAACUACAUGGAGAUGACCUGAUAGUAACACCUUUUGCUCAGGUACUUGCAAGUCUAAGAAGUAUAAGAAACAACUUCACAGCUCUGACAAACGUGCAUAGCGCUCCAAACAAGAGAUCUCCGGUAACAAGCCAGCCGCCUAUCACCAGAGUCAGCCUGCCAGAAGAAUCUUAUCAAAAACUAGCUAUGGAAACCAUGGAGGAAUUGGACUGGUGUUUAGACCAGCUUGAAGCAAUACAGACUUAUCGGUCCGUCAGCGAGAUGGCAUCCAAUAAGUUCAAAAGAAUGCUGAACCGGGAGCUGACACACAUGUCGGAGACGAGUCGCUCUGGAAACCAGGUGUCAGAAUUCAUUUCAAAUACCUUCUUAGACAAACAGAAUGAUAUGGAGAUCCCGUCCCCGAAUUCAAAGGCCAGAGAAAAGAAGAAAAAGGAGCAGCAACUCAUGACACAAAUCAGUGGGGUGAAGAAACUAACUCAUGGCUCCAGCCUGACCAACUGCAGCAUCUCAAGAUUCGGAGUCAAAACCGACAAGGAGGACCUGCUGUCCAAGGAGCUGGAAGACCUGAAUAAGUGGGGCCUUAACAUCUUCAAAGUGUCUGAAUAUUCACACAGCAGACCUCUCACAUGCAUAAUGUAUGCCAUUUUCCAGGAGAGAGACUUGCUGAAGACAUUCAAGAUCCCUACAGACACAUUUGUGUCCUACAUGAUGACGUUAGAAGACCACUACCAUUCAGACGCGGCUUACCAUAACAGCCUACACGCUGCCGAUGUCGCCCAGUCGACACACAUCCUGCUAUCAACGCCAGCGUUAGAUGCGGUCUUCACAGAUCUCGAGAUCCUGGCUGCCAUCUUUGCUGCUGCGAUUCAUGACGUUGAUCACCCCGGCGUCUCCAAUCAGUUCCUAAUUAAUACCAACUCAGAGCUGGCACUGAUGUACAAUGACGAAUCGGUGUUAGAAAACCACCAUCUCGCAGUGGGCUUCAAGCUGCUGCAGGAAGAGCACUGCGACAUCUUCCAGAACCUCAGCAAGAAGCAGCGGCAGAGUCUGAGAAAAAUGGUCAUUGAUAUGGUUUUGGCGACUGACAUGUCCAAACACAUGAGCUUGCUGGCGGAUUUGAAAACCAUGGUGGAGACCAAGAAAGUAACAAGUUCAGGGGUUCUCCUCCUAGACAAUUACACAGACAGAAUACAGGUUCUUCGUAACAUGGUGCAUUGUGCAGACCUGAGCAAUCCCACCAAGUCUCUGGAGCUGUACAGGCAGUGGACUGACAGAAUCAUGGAUGAAUUCUUCCACCAGGGAGACAGAGAGAGGGAGAGAGGCAUGGAGAUCAGCCCCAUGUGUGAUAAACACACAGCCUCUGUCGAAAAGUCACAGGUCGGAUUCAUUGACUACAUUGUCCAUCCUCUGUGGGAGACGUGGGCUGAUCUAGUCCACCCGGACGCACAAGACAUCCUGGACACGUUAGAGGACAAUAGGAACUGGUAUCAGAGCAUGAUCCCUCAGAGCCCGUCCCCUCCUUUUUAUGAGCAGGGCCAAGACCAUCACAGCACCACGGAGAAGUUCCAGUUUGAACUCACGCUGGAGGAGGAGGGUGAUUCAGAGGGGACCGAGCGAGAGAACAGUCAGGGGGAGGACAGCACGAGUGAAGCAAUCUCCCCCUUCGAGAACGAGGACAUGGAGGAUCAGACAGAAGCGACGCACAUCCAGAUCAUCACACAGGACGCAUCGCCCGUGGACACAUAAUGACAGCUGGCGGCCCAUUUAAGGGGCUGUUGUUGUUUUCACAGGUUGUUUAAAAGGAGUAAUCCUGCAAUCCAGGUUGUAAUGCCUGGGGCUAACUUUGGCAAGCAGAGGUUUCCUCGUACAUGCGUUUGGAGUCAGAGUUAAGCAGGGAAGGGACAAGAUGAAGGAGCUCUCAGGAAUUUUCUGCAGAAAAAUGGACCUGAUUAUCAAGCAAUGUUUGUUAUUCUUUUGUUUUGUUUUUUUAAACAAUUUUGGUAAUCAAGAACAGGGGGGCCAAGUAGAAAUGUUUACUGGACCAGCAUGGAAUUGCUGACACUACUGAGAGAUUUUGUACUAAAAGGACAGGUGUUUUUGUAAUGGAAUGUCAACAGGUAGGAGUAUGAGCUACGGACAUACAGGUAUUUGUAAAGAAAAUAGUUUACUUUUCUGUAACAUCUGUCUGAGGACUUGUGUGCCUUUUUUUACGAAUUUGUCUUUUAAAUUUUUAUUUAUUUAUUGUUAAAACACAAUUUUAGUAUAAGAAAUUAAAUGUUUUUGUAAAAACAAAAAAAAGGUUCAAGAAGAGAAUCAGAUGUUAUUAUUUCUCAAAUUAAGAGAUAAUGCAAAGUCUUCCUUUUUUCUCACAUUGGGCAAUAUCUGAGCAUUGAUCAACACAGACUUUUCACAAAUUACCAUUUACUCCCAUUUAAAAAAAUAUAUAUAUAUAUAUAAAAAACAUAGUUAUUCUCAACAGGUAUUUAGUAUACCCUAAUACACUCCCCAGCAUCAGUCUUGUACAUGGACGCACUCCACUGUAUAUUAAACUGCAACUGAUUAAUUCUACCAUAUAGAGACGUUACUACGUCUGUUUGCCAUUUUUAAGCAUAUUGUUUUAUUGUAUAUUUUUAAAUCAAGGCACAAUGUCAAUAUUAAACCUACAGACUAAAAGUCCUGGGUUUAGCCAGUGACAGCCCUGUGCCAUUCAGAUUAUGUAGAUCCAACUGAAGCUGAUCCUUAACUAAAAACACAAAAGGUAUUGGAUAUACCCAGCUAGGGCCAAACGUUUUGCUUCACCUACAAUUUGGGGAUUGAGACAAUUAUUAUAUAAAAUAAAAUUAAAACAAGCAAAUAAAAACACAACACAAUUUAGAUUGUUUAUUUAACGUUGUGUAAUCAAAGAAACUACAAAAGGCUACUGGAAGCCGUACUAGUAGUACAGGAUUUCAUGUUAGAUUUCAAAAUGUCACACUUUUUUAAUUUGUCAGUUUUUCAUUAAAUAAAUGGAAAACUACAAA